AUGAGCAACGAAGCUGGUCUCGGGCCCGUGAUGCAGAGGGGAGAACCCAAUGCCAACGUGGGGGUGGUGGACUGGAUCCCCAUGGCCCAGCAGCUGUACCCGGACGCCGGACAACCAUAUACGCGCUUGACCCGGCUGGGCCCCAAUGUUCGAAGGAGCGACGGAGCAGCAAGCGUCUCCUCCUCGGACGACGCAGGACUUCUCGUGGACGUGUGCUUCACACUUACACUCUGUGGAAGCCCUCUGGGAGUCAGUAUCGUGCUCCAGCAGCCCGAUCGGCAUACAUCGACAACUACCCCAACAGGAGGAGACGUCCACCGGGCUGCGCCAUCGGUGAAUGUCCUGGGCGGUGGCCUGGAAGUCCUCAGGUCCUCAGGGUCCUCAGGGUCCCCUGAGGAUCUCAGCGACUGCCUUCCCGAACCCGACCUCGUCCUGAACCACGUGAACGAGAAUCACUGCGACGAUCUCUCAGACGCCGAGUGUGAAGAGAACCACGUCUCUCACUCCGCUCCUCCCCCACACUCCCCCAAAGACACAGGGGAGGAGGGGAACGGAGUGGCCCAGAGCGAGGAGGGCCCGGAGGAGGGGAGCGAAGAGGAGGUGCGGCUGGAGGAGGAGGAGGAGGAGGAGCAGCCGCUGUCACGUUACCCGUCUCCUCUGACGCUGAAGAGACACAUCCAGAGCGAGACGGCGAAGGUCAACAACGAACUGAGAGCACUCAUCACCAAGGAGAUCAGGAAGCCCGGGCGACAUCACGACAAAAUCUUCCACUUCCUGAAACAGAUCCAGGGCACUCUGGACACGCGGCUCAUCUUCCUACAGAACAUCAUCAAAGAAGCCGCUAGGUUUAAGAAGAGGGUUCUGAUCGAGCAGCUGGAGAACUUCUUGGAGGAAAUCCACAACAGAUCCAUCAGUCUGAACCACGUGGACGCACUUUGA